AUGUGCACAUUAAGAAACACCUCCUCUCAUCCUGUAUCCUUCAUCCUGCUAGGAAUCCCAGACCUGGAGAAUUCCCAGUUUGGGAUUGCCUUUCUGUUCUGUGUCAUGUAUGUUGUGGCAGUUGUUGGCAAUAUCACCAUCCUACAUAUAAUCAGAAUGGACAGCACCCUUCAUGAGCCCAUGUACCUCUUUCUGGCCAUGCUGGCUGCUUCUGACCUGGUCCUGUCCUCCUCCACCCAGCCUAAGAUGCUGGCCAUCCUCUGGUUCCACGCUCAUGAGAUUGGAUAUCAUGCCUGCCUCAUCCAGGUGUUCUUCAUCCACGCCUUUGCUUCUGUGGAGUCUGGGGUGCUCAUGGCUAUGGCCCUGGACCGCUAUGUGGCCAUCUGCUUCCCACUGCGACACCCUAGUAUCUUGACUACAUCCGUGGUGGUUAAAGUAGGGACUGUUGUGUUGGGGAGGGGGCUGUUGUUGGUGAGUCCCUUCUGUUUCAUGAUCUCCAGGAUGCCCUUCUGCACCAACAGGGUCAUUCCCCAGUCAUACUGUGAGCACAUGGCUGUGCUGAAGUUGCUGUGUGUUGAUACCAGGGUCAACCGUGGAUAUGGGCUCUUUGUGGCCUUCUCCGUGGUUGGCUUUGAUAUUCUUGUCAUCAGUGUAUCGUAUGUGAUGAUUCUGAGAGCUGUGUUACAGUUGCCCUCAGGUGAAGCCCGCUUCAAGACUUUUGGCACAUGUGCUUCUCAUAUCUGUGUUAUCUUGGCCCUGUAUAUCCCAGCCCUUUUUACCUUCCUCACCCAUCGCUUUGGCCAUCAGGUGCCCCGAGUGGUACACAUCAUGUUUGCUAAUGUCUAUCUACUGGUGCCUCCCAUGCUCAACCCCAUCAUCUAUGGAGUUAGAACCAAGCAGAUAAGGGACAGCGUUAUGAGAGGAUACUGUUUACAAGGAACACAGAAACUUGUAACAGUCAGUUAA